AUGCAGAACGUACCUUUAGAGUCGUAUCCUAAGACGAAUGUCGUCGACGAGCGAGGAGUUAGUCCAGAUGCCGACAGCGACUUGCAACAGCUUCCUGGUCGCAACUAUGAUCCCAGCUAUGACAAGAGGGAUAUGCGAAGACUGGGGAAGAAGCAGGAAUUAAAGCGCCGCUUCCGAUUCUUCUCCAUUGUGGGAUUCGUCGUCGUGCUCGGCCUUACUUGGGAAUUCUCACUCACCACCGGCGUCUUCUCUCUGGCGAACGGAGGAACAGCAGGAGCGAUCUGGCUGACGUUCGUUGUCUGCUUUGGCAUGUUCUUCGUCAUGGUCUCAAUGGCCGAGCUUGCUUCGAUGGCACCAACAAGUGGAGGACAAUACCACUGGGUGAGCGAAUUCGCGCCGCCGCAUCUUCAACGACCUCUGAGCUAUGCUGUUGGAUGGCUUUGUGCUUUGGGUUGGCAAGCAGCUAUGCCUACCGUUGCGUAUAUUGGAGGAGGACAGCUUCUUGCCUUGAUAUCCGUCUGCGAUGAAAGUUAUGAAAUCAAAGGAUGGCACCAAGCGUUGAUGACGAUGGCAUUCGUGACACUCGCAAUCUCCUUCAACACCUUUGCUAUCGGCAAGCUGCCUAUCCUGGAGGGUCUCGCGGUGGUUCUGCACAUCUUCGGCUUCUUCGCCUUUCUCAUCAUAAUGUGGGUGAUGGGUCCAAAAGAAAAUGCCGAAAUCACCUUCACCAAGUUCGACGAUGCCAACAACUGGGGUUCGUUAGGCCUGGCCACUCUCAUAGGAAUCGUUGGUCCUACGACUACGUAUCUUGGUGCCGACAGUGCCGUCCACUUGGCUGAGGAACUGAAGGAUGCGAGUUACGUCCUUCCUCGCGCCAUGUUCUCUGCUGCCAUUAUCAACUACAUUACCGGCUUUGUGAUGACGAUCACCUUCAUGUCCAAUCUUGGAGAUCUGGAUGCUGCUCUAGAGUCGGCGACGGGCCAGCCUUGGGUCUAUGUCAUGUACACCAUCACUGGGUCUAAGGCCGCUACGAUCGUCUUGGUUGUGGUCAUGACUAUCAUGUACUUCUUCUGCGCCGUCAAUCAAGUCACCACGAGCUCUCGUCAAGUCUUCGCCUUCGCCCGCGAUAAGGGACUUCCGUUCCACAAAUUCCUUUCCAAGGUCAGGCCGAACAGCGGUGUGCCCGCCAACUCAGUGUAUGUGACACUGGUCUUCACCUGCUUGAUCGCCCUCAUCGUCAUUGGCUCCACGACGGCAUUCAAUAUUAUUCUGUCGGUGUCAGCCACUGGACUAUUCACAUCGUACCUGACCGUGAUCUGCACUGUCCUUGCGAAGAGAAUACGCGGCGAACCCUUCCCGAAGUCGAAAUUCAGCCUUGGAAAAUUCGGCUACGUGGCCAACAUCCUGGCGAUAUGCUUCUUGAUCGUGGCGUACAUCUUCUUGUUCUUCCCGGCGGUGCCGAACCCGGAUGCGCCGUCGAUGAAUUGGGCUUGUCUGGUGUACGGGGUGGUUGUUGUGUUUGCUGGUGUUUACUACUUGGUUAAGGGCAGAUAUGAGUACGAUGGGCCUGUGGAGUAUGUGAGGAAAGACGUAGAGUAA